CUGAGUGAGGGCCAGGUCAUCGCCGGCCCCACGAGGCGAAGCCAAGCGUCCCGCGUUCGGCCAUGGCCUCGCUACUGGGAACCUAUCCGUGGACCGAAGGACUGGAGUGUCCCGCCCUGGAAACCGAGCUGUCGGAUGGACUGUCGCCGCCCGCCGUCCCCCGACCUCCAGGGGAAAAGGGUUCGGAGAGCCGGAUCCGGCGGCCCAUGAAUGCCUUCAUGGUGUGGGCCAAGGACGAGAGGAAACGCCUGGCGGUGCAGAACCCAGACCUGCACAACGCGGAGCUCAGCAAGAUGCUGGGAAAGUCGUGGAAGGCACUGACGCUGUCGCAAAAGAGGCCUUACGUGGAUGAGGCAGAGCGUUUGCGCCUACAGCACAUGCAGGAUUAUCCCAACUACAAGUACCGACCCCGCAGAAAGAAACAAGGCAAGCGCCUCUGCAAGCGUGUGGACCCUGGCUUCCUCCUGAGCUCCCUCUCUCGUGACCAGAACGCACUGCCUGAGAAAAAUGGCGUUGGCAGGGGUACACUGGGGGAGAAGGAGGACAGGGGUGAGUACUCCCCAGGCACUGCCUUGCCUGGACUACACAGCUGUUACCACGAAGGUGCAGCCGGUGCCCCUGGCAGUGUGGACACAUAUCCUUAUGGGCUACCCACACCCCCAGAGAUGUCGCCCCUGGACGCGCUGGAGCCUGAGCAGACUUUCUUCUCAUCCUCAUGUCAGGAGGAACAUGGCCACCCCCAUCGCCUCCCCCACCUACCAGGGCCCCCUUACUCGCCAGAGUUCACUCCUAAUCCCCUCCACUGCAGCCACCCACUAGGUUCUUUGGCUCUUGGCCAGUCCCCAGGGGUUUCUAUGAUGUCCUCUGUUCCUGGCUGCCCCCCAUCUCCAGCCUACUACUCCCCUGCCACCUACCACCCUCUUCAUCCCAACCUCCAGGCCCACCUGGGCCAGCUCUCCCCACCUCCUGAGCACCCUGGCUUCGACACCCUGGAUCAACUAAGCCAGGUGGAACUUCUGGGGGACAUGGAUCGCAAUGAGUUUGAUCAGUAUUUGAACACUCCUGGCCACCCCGAUUCUGCUGCAGGGGCUGGGACCCUGACUGGGCAUGGCCCACUCUCCCAGGGGACCACAACAGGCCCCACGGAGACCAGUCUCAUAUCCGUCCUGGCUGAUGCCACAGCCACAUACUACAACAGCUACAGCGUGUCAUAGAGCCAGCGGCAUGGAGCCUGGCCCAGCCCUGCCGUCCUCUCCUCGGUCUGAAGCACUGAACAGAGCAGAAACUGUAAUGUCACCAUCCCAUGGUGGCAGGAGGUCAGAAAGCCAGGAUCCAGCACCCCCUCUGUCCCUUCAAAUGUGUUUCGUUGGCUUCACCCCGGAAGCACAGCCUCGAGGAGCUAACGCAGUGGGACUUCCUGGCCACUCUUCUAUCUGCUGCCAUCAGUGUAGCUGAUGGUGGGAAGUCCAGUGCAUUGGAGUUCCUGCCUCUAAUCUGUGGUGCUCCCAGUGAGAAGGACUCUGGGUCUGGGGUCCAUCUCAGUUCAGGCUCUAACUGGCAAAACCCCAUUCUGACUUGACUAGCCUUAACUGUUCUCUCCUGUAAAGUGAGGAGAGUUGGCCUCUGCUCUAUGGAUACCUGAGUUAUGGUCCUCUCAAGGACAAGGGGAGUGUGAGCCCAGGAAUGGGCAGACUCAUGGAGACUUCAUGUGUACUGCCCAAGGGUCCAGAUUUUCUGCUUUCCUGUUCCCUAGUCCCCAGUCAUCCUAGAAUUCCAAAGGAACUCCUCCAGUUGAGAAAAACACUUACCCUUGGAUGGACAAGAUGGCUCGGGAUGGCUCGGUGGGUGAAAGUGCUGGCUGCCAAGCGUGAUGAUCAACAGUCUGUCCCCAGAACCUACAUGGUGGAAGGGGAGAACUGACUCCUAAAGUUGUACUCGGACCUCUGUGUGCAUGCUCCAACAUAUGUGUUCUUGAGCAUGCUCACAUACAUUCUCACAAAUACUAAAACAUAAUUUUUUGUAAAAAAAGAAAACAUACACCCCAGUUCAGGAAAUUAAUGACUAUUCUCAGCUGUAUCACUGAAAGCAAAAUCAGAUUCAAAGUGGUUGUUUUGUUUUGUUUUUCUCCUGAGACAGGGUUUCUCUGUGUAGCCUUGGCUGUCUUGGAAUUCACUUUGUAGACCAGGCUGGCCUCAAACUCAAAGCCUGCCUCUGCCUCCUGAGUGCUGGAAUUAAAGGCGAAUGCCACCACACCCAGACUUGAAGUUUUGUUUUGUUAUUGUUGUUUGUUUGCUUGCUUUUUUUGUUUGGUUUUUAAUAUAUACUUU